AUCGUGUUUUUUUUGGCGGCAAUCGUUCCCGCCGUUACUGCUUUAUCCAACCGCAAUUUUCAGCGGUUUUUAUUCGCUCUUGUGGCAGAGUGGUGUGUGGAGCGGUGCUGAGUGAAUUUCAUUGUUCCAAAUAAGACGCCUGGCUGGCACAUAAAAGCCAGCUAAGGCGUCUUUUCCAUUUCCAAAGACGCCGGAACCCAACCUUGUCCACAAACAAAAAUGUCAUCACAAAGAAAAAUUUCGUCUUUCUUCAACGCGGCCCAGAAGAAGACAGGCAACUUGAAACGACCAUUGAAAGAGAAGGAAAUCUGUUCAUUAUCAAAGAGACCGUUGACUGAGUCACCUAAAAACAAACCAGUACAGACACAUAUAUCCUUGAAGAAACAAUCGUAUAUGGAUUCUUUAGGUCUUGAUACAAUUGGAGAGUCUUGGAAAAAAGCUUUAGAGCCUGAAUUUCAUAAGGACUAUUUUGUUAAGUUGGGCAAAUUUGUGACAUCAGAAAGAUCUUCACAUACAGUGUUCCCUCCAGUGGAAGAUGUUUUCUCUUGGACACAGCAUUGCAAGUUGAAAGAUAUUAAAGUUGUUAUACUCGGCCAGGAUCCUUACCAUGGUGAGGGGCAGGCACAUGGAUUAUGCUUCAGUGUCAAAAAACCUGUGAAACCCCCUCCUUCAUUGGAAAAUAUGUUCAAAGAAUUGAAAUCUGAUAUUGGAGGUUUCAAACACCCUGGUCAUGGAGAUUUAACUAGAUGGGCAAAACAAGGUGUCUUGCUUUUGAAUGCUGUCCUGACGGUCCGUGCUCAUUCUGCUAAUUCUCACAAAGAUAAAGGAUGGGAAAAGUUCACAGAUGCUGUUAUAAAAUAUGUCAAUUCCAAUUGUACCGGAGUUGUGUUUAUGUUGUGGGGAUCUUACGCCCAAAAGAAAGGUGCAGUAAUAGAUAAGAAACGACAUCACGUAUUAUGUUCUGUCCAUCCUUCACCAUUGUCAGCAUACAGAGGAUUCCUCGGUUGCAAACAUUUUUCUGAAGCAAACAAACUUUUAAAAGAUCAUGGAGAUAAAGAAAUUGAUUGGUGUGCUUUGUAAAUAUUGCUGCUUUUUAUGUUUUUUGUACGAUUUCAUUCAUAUUUGUAACUUCUUUAUUAUCGGCUUGCUGCUCGACUCACUGCCAUGUUAAUGUAGCUUUGUAAAUAGUUUGUUUUGUAUGAAUCGUAGUGUGCAUUGUAAUAAACUGCUUCAUAGUCUCUUAUAUAUAAAAAUUCAAGACCUUGAUCAAAACCCACUAAUUUCUCACCAGGGUGGUCAAAUUUGGUAGUUUAAAAUUCAUAUGUACUUUCGAACUCCUGAGAGACCAUUUUUCUGAUGUAGACCCUCAAGGAUUAGUAAAAAUGAAGAAUCCCAUAAUUUCUGUGAAAUUAAAUUAGAUUGUUCAUCAAUAUGCUAUAUGGCUCGAAAUUCAAUGGUGAGUUCUGAAAACAGCUUUUCAAGGCAAAUUUCGAUGAUGUGAUAACAGCAAAUUCUUUCACUAUUGCACUGUUAGAGCUUAAUUCUUAACUAAACUUCCAGUGUUCUUUCGACUUGACUUGAAUCAGGCCCGAACUUUACCACCCUUUUUUGGAAAAAAUUUCAGAACUAAUUAAUAAAGGAAUGCAAUUCAAAUUCAAUUCACAGUUGUAAUGGUCUAAAAUUCUAGUUGAGAACAUGCUUACACAAAUUUUCAUCAUUCAAUGAACACUUUUUAAUAUCAUUUUGUAAAUAACACAUGUUUUGUCUUAUGUGAAGAGUGGAGGUAUGCUCAUAAUCUUAUAUUUUAAAUAGUUUUGGUUAGUUCUUUUUUGUGUAUACUUAUGUUGGUUUAUCAUAUAAACAGAACUUAUUAUUAUGGUUACGAUUUGUCAUUUUACUCGUCCCUGAAUUGAAAUAUUAUAGAAUGGGAAAAAAUUAGUAAGUUGCAGUUUGUGUCUGAUACUACUACCCUGGAAGUCAAUGUUAUUUUUACGGUAACUAUCUUUUGUUCGGUUUUUAAACUUCAUAUUAAGAACAAGAAAUCUGAAAAUGUUUUUAAACAUGUUUAAUGCCUUUAAGUCAAUCAUAUUGUACUAGUAGUUUCAUGUAUAACCAGUAGUUGCUUAUAUGCUUUGUAGUUUAGUAAGUGUAUUUGUAAAGUGUUUAAUCUAAAUUGUUUUUCUUAUCAACUUGUAAUCAUAAAUUCAAUUGUCAACCUUUGCCAAAUUUGACAAGAAAUUUUUUCGAGAGUGAAAAAUCAUUGAAUCAUAGUACUGGCAUCCAUGCUGUUUCCUCUCUUUAAGUCAGCCCAGUCACUGCUCAAAAAAAUUAAAAAUGCUGCCAUUGUCAGAAUCAUUUUAAAAUUGACUGUCUAAAUUAUUCGUGCCAUAAUCUGAACAACAACCAUAUUUUGUAAAUAAUCUUGUGUUUGCUGCUAAUCAUGUUCCUUAAUACUUUUCUUUGUGUUACUUUUUGUUUUUUAUUUUCUACACCAAGCGUCACCAUUUAAGGUUUCAGAUGGAUUGAAGGUCUUUUCUGAAUCUUUAGAUGAUAUGACCGGGACGUGGCUUGCGUCACACUGCCUAUGUGAUAGUUUUACAAAAUGUGCUGCUAUGUAUGACUAUUAUUAAACUGCCCUUAACAAGGCAAGUUUCAUUUGUAAAUACUUUUUCAUUACUCGUUUUUUUUUUGUUGUUUGUAAUAAAAUUUGAAAACUUUGA